GAAAGCUUUUUUUUUCUUAUUCUUCUCGAGAUUAACGCUCUCCUCCUUUUCUUUUAUUUUUUUCAUUUUUGUAAGAAAUAUUUAAUGUUGUUAAAUCGUCAAACGCAAACUAUAUUCUGGUAAGGUGGGUUUUGUUACGAAAUGGGAAGAUUAUUUGUGAUCAACCUCGAAGGACUGGUUUAUAGCUGCAAGCAUUGUCAGACACAUUUCGCUCUUACUAAUGAUCUUAUCUCUAAGUCAUUUCACUGCAAGCAUGGAAGGGCUUAUCUUUUCGACAAUGUUGUCAAUGUGACUGUUGGAGAGAAGGAGCAUCGCGUAAUGAUGACUGGUUGGCACACUGUUGCUGACAUCUUCUGUGUUAGCUGUGGCUCUCUUGUCGGCUGGAAAUACGAAAUUGCAUACGAGAAGUCUCAGAAGUACAAGGAAGGAAAAUUCAUCAUAGAAAGGUUUAAGGUGCUUGGACCCGAUGGAGGUGGAUACGACGUGGACGAGGACGAGCCUAUGAUUGGAAGCGACGAAGAAUAAGAAAAAUUGGAUUCUCUUUUAAUUUUGCGGCCCCAUGGGAACUACUUUGGCUAGUGGUCAAUCCCUUCUUAUAGACUAUCGGUGACCAGCAAACUCGCUG